CUCACAGAGACACAUCGGAGGACUGUCGGAGCUGCCUGGAGUGUUCCCGCGACAACGGCUGCGUGCGUUGCCCCGAGAGACUCUUCCUGUUCCUGCAGAGGGAUGGGAUGUCGCACCACGGGACCUGCCUCCACGCCUGCCCGGCCGGACACUACGGACAGAGAGGGAAGGACAUCAACCGCUGCAUGAAGUGUCGCUCUUUGGACUGCGAGCAGUGUUUCAGCCGCGACUUCUGCACCAAAUGUAAACCUGGUUUCCAGCUGCACAAAGGCAAGUGUCUGAGCCGCUGCCCGGAGGGAACCUUCGCCCACCAGUCCGACUGCCUCGAGGACUGUCUCCUGGCUCCGCUGGGAGACUGGAGCGAGUGGAGCGUCUGCCUCCGUGACGGCGCCACCUGUGGGUUCAGGUGGGGGAAGCAGACCAGGACCCGAGGGGGCGGCCAGAGGACGCCCGAGGAGAAAACGGCAUCGCUCUGCCCGUCCCACAGCGAGACGCAGAGGUGCCGGAUGAAGAAAAAGUGUCCCACAGAAAGAAGAAAGAAUAAAAAAGGAGGGCUCGGAAGAAAGAGGGAAAGGAAACGACUACGGCUGCUCGCCAGCGACGGCGCUGGAAGCUCGGCGAACGGAACAACAGACGCCGCCGCCGUCGACCACCGAGACCCCUGAAGAAGAGACCGACGCUCCGCCAGACGCCUAAACGCCGAAAUCUGUCCCCGAACCGUUGCUUCCAAUUGGCCAGAGCUUCACUUAAAACCGCCGCUCGCCACGAUCUGGUUUACUGGAAACGUCGGUAGACACUCGCAGGAAGAGAUUCUUCUGCCGUGACGCAUGCGAGCGAUGAGUCAAACGUUCCCACCGAGAAAGUGUUGCAACUCUGCGGUAGCCGAUAAAUAAGCCUCCCUUCAUCCGCCACCAACGGACGUCUGAGAGUUUAUAAAGUUUCAAUUAAAUCAUAAGGAGUGACUUCUCUGACGUUUCCAGAACUCAUCUGGUGUGAUUUUGUCACCUGUGACGGUUCUCUCAGUAUUUAUAGUCGGCUUUAUAAAGAGAUGAGUCACCUGGGAGUCGUAGGUUGUGGUCGAAUUAUCAAAAAAAAAAAAGUACUUUUCACUUCCUGAACUCGUCUUUUUUUUCUUUUACCCUAAUGAAAAAUGUCAUGAGGUGAAGGAAAGAUGUGAAGGAGAAUUUACGAGGACAGACGAAAAGACAAAAAUAAAGAAUGCGACUUCUGCUGCGGAUGAUGCGUCACGCUCGACGUUUCAGCCACAAAGAAUUCUAUUAAUUAUCUCCUUUUCUUUCAUAGCGGAUGGAUCCGUGUCCAACGUACCAACAGUACCGUAUCCAACAGACACAAGAAUGAAUAUUGUUUUCUAAACAAAUGAAGCCAAAGUUUUAUCAAAGAUACCCACUGCUAGCUAAACUCCCAUGAUGCUCUCUGUUUACCAACACAAGCAACGUCAUGUAUGAAGCUGCAGUUUCAGGACCACACUCCUAGGACCCUUGUUUAUGACGACUUCUGGGUUUAAAGGUUUAUUCCACCCAAAAUACUACAAUUUUGUAUUUUUUUUUUAAAGGUCCAUUUGACCAAAAAUACCAUUUUCUGUCCAAGUAUUCAUAGUUUAAAUACCACUAUCUGUACAAGUAUGUACAAGUUUGAAGAUGUAUUCCUCCUAAACAGUACUUCCUGUCUGAGUACUUACAGGUUUGAAGGUUUAUUCUACAAAACUACUACAAUCUGUCCAAGUACUUACAGGUCUUAAGAUUGAUUCUUCCCAAAGUAUCACUUUCUGUCCAAGUAGUUAUAGUUUUAAAGGUUUAUUCCACCCAAAAACACGACUGUCCGUCCAAGUGUUUACAGGUUGGAAGACUUUUUCUGCCCACACAGUACUUUCUGUUCAAGUACUUGCAGGUUUAAAGGUUUAUUUAACAAAAAUGCUACUUUCUAUCUAAGUAUUUAUAGUUUUAAAGAUUUAUUAAACUCCAAAUACUACCAUCUGUUCAAGUACUUACAGGUUUUAAGAUUUAUUCCUCUUAAAGUAUCACUUUUUGUCUAAGUAUUUAGAUUUUCAAAAGUUUAUUUUCACCCAAAAUACUACUUUCUGUCCAAGUAUUUAUAGGUUUUAAGAUUUAUUCUUAAAGUUUAUUCAACCUGAAAUCUUAUUUUUUUGUCUGAGGGCUAACAGGUUUAAAGGUUUAUUCUGCUUAAGUAAAAUAAUAAUACAUUUUAUGUAAAAAGUGCUUUUCCGAACGCUCAAAGACGCUGAAGUACUACAUUUUGUCCAAGUACGAGUUUUAAGGGUUUAGUCUACCCAGAUACCAGUUUCAAGUAACAAGUUGUGGUUUUUAAGGUUUAGUCCCACCAAAAUACUACUUUCUAACAAAAGAGCUACGAUUCUGAAGGUUUAUUCCACCCAAAUAGUACUUUUUACCAAUUAAGAUAUGAAUUUCAAGGUUAUUUCGAAACAAAACAGUACAAAGGUUCUUUUUUUGUUAGUGUCGGUGGGCUAAAAAAAAA